AUGAUGCCAGUUAAACUGAACAGAUCGGUUCAUGACCACAGCCCUUCUGCUUCAACUGUUAGUUAUGUCCGUGGCCCUUCUUCUGUGUCUCCCCUCUCUCUGACUGUUGGUCAAAGUCUACAGUCAACAGUAGACAAAUGGCCUGACCGAGAAGCUGUGGUCUUUUUUGAAGAUGGAGUUCGAAAAACAUUCUCUCAGUUUCAGGAUGAAGUGGAUCAUCUGGCUGCUGGUCUUCUUGCACUCGGCUUGAAGAAGGGUGACAGGCUCGGCAUCUGGGGACCAAACACUUAUGAAUGGAUCUUGUUCCAGUUUGCCACGGCAAAAGCUAGAAUCAUUAUGGUGUCUUUGAAUCCAGCUUAUACAGUCAAUGAGUUGGCGUUUGCCCUGAGAAAGGUGCAGUGCAAUGCAGUGGUAUGUCCUACACAGUUCAAGAGUCAAAGGUUCUAUGAUAUACUGGGACAGAUCUGCCCAGAACUCAACACUGCUGUGACUGGUAGUAUUAGAAGUGCCAGAUUGCCAGAUCUGCGAAAUGUGAUUGUGACAGACACCAAGAAGCCUGGAAUGUUGCACGUGGAUGAUGUGAUGCAAGCAGCAGAGAGACGACACCACCAGCAGCUGGAAAGCUUACAGGGAAUCGUAGGCCCUGAAGAACCCAUCAACAUUCAGUUUACAUCGGGUACAACAGGGACUCCAAAAGGUGUCACUCUGUCUCAUCACAACAUUGUAAACAAUGCAUAUUUUAUUGGGUUGCGCAUGGGCUACAGAUGGAGAACAAAGGUGCGAGUUUGCAUUCCUGUGCCCAUGUACCACUGCUUCGGGUCAGUUUUGGGUGGAAUGUGCAUGGCUGUACAUGGCAUCACAUUGGUCUUUCCUUCAGCUGCCUAUAAUGUACAGGCAAACUUGGAGGCUAUUCAGGAAGAGAAAUGCACAGUUAUCUAUGGUACUCCAACAAUGUACAUUGAUCUGCUGAGUCAGAGAAAUGUUGAGAAGAAGAACCUCUCCUCACUUGAGACAGGUAUCAUGGGAGGAUCCUCCUGUCCCCCUGAAGUCACUCGGAGAAUGAUAAGUGAAAUGAAGGUUAAAGAGAUAACGGUGGCGUAUGGAACUACAGAGAACAGUCCAAUCACAUUCAUGGGGUUUCCUUCCGACAGCAUGGAGCUUAAGACUGACAGCGUUGGACAUAUUAUGGACCACACUGAGGCUAAGGUAGUGGAGACAUCGUCUGGGCAACUGGUCCCUCUGGGCCAAUAUGGAGAGCUGCUCAUUCGAGGUUACUGUGUCAUGCGGGGCUACUGGGACGAGCCUGCGAGAACACAGGAAAGCGUCUCAGAGGAUGGCUGGUACAAGACAGGUGAUAUCGCCAGGAUCAAUCAACAUGGCUACUGUCAGAUUGAGGGACGCAUAAAGGAUAUGAUUAAUCGUGGUGGGGAAAAGAUCUUCCCUGCUGAGGUCGAACAGUUUCUUUACACACAUCCAAAAGUGAAAGAGGUUCAGGUGGUCGGUGUGAAAGACGAUAGGCUUGGAGAGCAGGUUUGCGCAUGCAUUAAAGUAGCAGAAGGACAGCACUGCACUGUGGAGGAGAUCAAGGCUUACUGCAAAGACCAGAUCUCCUACUUCAAAAUCCCACAUUAUGUGAUGUUCAUUGAGAGUUUCCCACUUACUGCUUCAGGAAAAAUCCAGAAGAAUAAACUGCGUGCAGAAAUGGAGAACAGACUCGGAUUGUGAUGCUGUUAACACUUUGUCUUAAAAAAAAAAAUAAUAAUAAUAAUAUACACAGCUUCAUAUAAACUAGUUGCAAAGAGAUAUUAGAUUUCUGGACAUUAAUUAAAGUGGACAUUUUAUACUGACAUUUUAAACUUUAUUGGACAACUGUUUUAUCAUAUUAUUCUGAAACAAUAUACAAUAUGUAAAAUUCACUCUUCCUCUCAAAAACAUGCCAUAAGGAAUUUGAAAUAAAUUAAUAAGCUGUAA